AUGCAGAAGUAUAUCGGCAUUGCUUUCUUUCUUGUGGCAUUUCCGUUCAUUCUUAGUCAGGCUAAGAGAAUGACACCCGAUAAACCAUGCAAGCAUUUCACAUUCUAUAUGCACAACAUCUUUCUUAAUGGAACAAACGCUGCAAAUGCUACCGCUGCUACAAUUGUUGGCCGUACUACACUGGGAGACAAAUUUUUUGGAGAGAUUACUGCGUUCGACAAUCCCAUCACCGAGGACCAGAGUCUUCUAUCGACACCAAUUGCACGAGCACAAGGGUUUAUAUUGAACGACAGUAAGACCACCUUUUCUUCUUUGCUUGCCUACAGUUUGGUGUUUAACUCUACCGAGCACAAGGGUAGCAUCAACAUUAUGGGCGCAGAUCAGAGGAAUGAGCAGACGAGAUAUCUGUCGGUGGUGGGUGGCACAGGAGACUUCUUCAUGACCAGAGGCAUUGCAACAUUUUGGACCGAAUAUUUGGAUCCUCAUACAUAUUUCCGUGUCCGAAUGGACAUCAAGUUGUAUGAAUGCUACUAG